GGCUCAUUAGCGCCAGGGUACGCGGCCUGUCUCCAGCCAGCACGGCCACCAGGCGGCCGGGGCAUAAUGGGGAGUCACAAAUGAGGGAACGGGCCUGGCCCGUCUCCAAGCAACGGGGAACAAUGGGCGCGUGUCGCCCAGAGACAGGCCCUUCCUGCAGCCCCGGCCCCACGGCUGCCGGGGCUAUUUUUGGCAGCACUGUUGUGGGGGGGCAGGGAAUGAGUUUCAGGGUGGCCCAGCCCUAUAUAAGCCCUGGCUGCCCGGGAGCUCGGCUCAGGGUGUUGAGGCACCUCACCGGGUCAUGCCAUAGCUUCGCGCCGUCCCUUGAAGACUUCUCAGAGCGAUGGCAGCGCCCAAUGCCAAGGUACGGGCCAGGGCAUGCGGGGGAGCAGACCCCAAAGGAUCCACAAGGCCUCCUGCCUCCUGCUCCUGGCCCUGCUCUGCUCCCUGGCUGCGGCCGGGCAGAGCAUGCCCGUGUGCUGCCGCCAGAAGACCUGCCCAUGCCGGGUCUAUGACGUGCUGCACGGCCUGGGGAACCAUGCUGCCGGCAUCCUCACACUGGGCAAGAGGAGGAGCAGCUCGCAAGCCUUCCAGAGCCAGCUCUACCGCCUGCUGCACGGCUCCGGCAACCACGCUGCCGGCAUCCUCACCAUGGGCAAGCGGGAGGACCUGGCCCCAGAGCAGCCAGCCUCGGCCUGCCGGGACGCCUCCCCCUACCCCACCGGCCUGCUGCCUCUAGCCCCGUGUGCUGCCAACACUGACCCUGCCAGCACCAGGGAGUGCCUGGCCCCGCUUGACCAGGGCCAGAGCGGGGUGGCUGCAAAGAGCUUUUCCUGAAGUGGCCAGAGGUGGGGGGAGCAGCAGCCCGAGGGCAGGGAGGACCCACAGGGACUCUUUUAAUGACCACGGGCCAUUUACAAAUAAACCCCUGCCUGAGGCUCAGGGCUGUCUGCCUGGCGUGUUGUCUCACGGGACUGCAAUGGGGUGGGCAUACCCGGGGGCCUGGCCGGAGUCCCCUGCAGCCAGCUG